AUGGUUCUACCAUACGUACACGUCUUUGGUGCAGCUGCCCUUGUCAGUGCUGUCACAGCAGUGAUUGUGUUGCUGUGUCUGCAUUUCUUCUACGUUGACCACCCAGCUAUCAAAGGUCUUCCAGAAAUCCCUGGCGGAGAACUACUCGCAGGUCAUCUGUACCAGUUGGGCGCCGACCAUGCGACCACCGCCGAAGAUUGGUCCAAAAAGUAUGGAUGGCCAGCGUUUCAGUUGCGGAUGGGACGGCGACGGGCUAUCAUGUUGAACUCUUUCCAGAGUGCCCAUGAGUUUCUGGUGAAGAACCAGUCGGCUACUUUGGAUCGUCCAUGGUUUUAUACGUUCCACGGACUAUUAUCGAAAACAUCAGCCGCAACGAUUGGUACCAGUCCCUGGGAUGAGAGAACCAAGAAACAGAGAAGGGUCAUUGGAUCCUACACGACUGGACCAUCAAUUCAGCAGCUCAGGUCGAUGCUUGACAUGGAGACGUGUGCUGUAGUGUCUAGCAUGUACUACAAGAGCAAUAGUGGCGAGUUUGAGCUGAUUCCUCACAUCUACCUGCAACGCCUGGCCUUGAAUCUCAUGAGCAUGUUCUGCUAUGGAACUAGGUUUUCCAAUGUUGACGACCCCACCCUGUUGCAGAUCCUUAAAGAUGCCAAAACCAUUGCCAGUUUUCGAUCAACAAACUCCAAUGCGCCGGACUUCAUUCCCCACCUCCGUUAUUUGAGCGGGAACAAUGGACGCCUAGACAUUGCCAAGGAAGUGCGAGGGCGACGUGACGUCUGGUUGGCCGCUAUGCUGGAAGGAGCUCGCCAAAACACUGGAAAGCAAUCGAUGGCCAAGCAAACGGUAGCAGAGAUGCUAUUGACGGAUAAGAAUGAAGGCUUGACUGAGCUUGACGUCAAGACUAUCCUCGGCGGCCUCAUGUCUGGCGGCUUCGAGACCACAUACUCAACUGCGAUUAUCGCACUGGGCGUUCUUUCACGCUAUGAAGGACAGGCGAUACAACAACGAGCGUACAAGGAGUUGCUCAGUGUCUAUGACAGCGUAGAAGAAGCGUUCGACAAGUGCGUGACUGAGGAGAAAUGUCCUUAUGUCAUGGGAAUCGUCAAGGAAUCACUUCGCUAUUUUCCUCCCUUGAAGUUACUGCCAGCCCGACAAACCUACAAGGACAUUGUCUAUCAGGGGGCAGUGAUUCCCAAAGGAGUAUUGAUAUACACUAACACUCAAGCAAUCUCGCGAGAUACCAGCGUCUACGGCGCCGAUGCCGGCCAGUUCAAACCAGAACGAUGGCUCACAGAAAAGUGUCAAAUCCCACCACCACUACACUUCGCCUUCGGCGCCGGAGCGCGGAUGUGCACCGCCGUGAAUUUCUCCAACCGAAUUCUGUAUGCCAUGACCUGUCGUCUGAUCCUGUCAUUCCGAUUCACGGAGAGCAAGACCAUGCCGGCCAACAUCGACUAUAUUGAUUACAAGAACGACCCUAGCGACUCGAAUGCGAUUGCCAAGGAAUUCAAGGUCAAGCUGACGGUGCGGGAUCGCGAGAGCCUUGAACGCUGCUUCCAGCGGUCUCAAGAGAUUGGGGCGGCAGCCACUGGGGGACUGCCGUAUGAGGCCCUUUUCAGGGGUUAG